AUGUGUGUGCUUGUACCUCUGAAGGGACCAAGUUCUUACAACGUGAGAAUUUGGGGAGUUCGAAUAGCGCCACGCGCGAGGAUACUCUCGUUGCCAUGGAUCUUGUGCCGUUUGCGAGCUGAACACCGGUGGCUUGCGGCUGUUGAUAAUAGCGGGCGGGAAGAGAUUAUCAGCAAUCUCACGGCGAACCUGGCUUCGGUAUUCAAAGAGGUUACUAAUACCACGGGGUUGCUAGUAUUGCUGCCAUUGUUAGGAAUCAGCUUGACACUACUUCCUGCCACGAUGCAAAAGUCUUGUUGCGCAGAGGGAAUUCUCGGUGGGUCGAACAAUGCCCUGGAUAUGCAUAAGACCGUCUGA